AUGGAUCCAGGACAAGAGCCCCCAAUUGGUGCACGUAAAUCACGCCCAGCUAUUGUACCUGGUGGGAGGCGUCAUGGAAAUUCAGGAGUGGCUGUUGGUGCAAAGCUGCUGCUGAAACCUGAUGAUCAGCUGGAACUCACAGAUGAGGAACUCAAGGAUGAGGUGACCCGUGUUCUAACUUCAAAUCACGCACAAAUCGUGACAGACCUUGUGGAAUACAGCUACAAAGAAGGCCGCUAUGUUGUACUUCCAUCUACAGGAGCAACCUACAUUAUGUUCAGAACUGAAGGCACAAUUUUACACAAAGAUUCAGACGAAGCUCGCCAACAACUGUUUGGAGAAGGUGGAGGGUUUGUUAAAGAAUGUAGUAGUAGUGAUCCAGAAGGUGAAGCCAUUUCCAAUAUUGGUGACUUAAUUGAGGGAGUUGAUGGAAAGGAAAAAUAG